CUCUUCCCUUUUGCUUUCGGGAAGCGGCUGGGGUUGUUCGCUCGGCGCAGCGGAGCGGCUCUGGCGCCCGGCUCCCGGUGCCCGGCCGGCCGGAGGAGGGCGGGGAGGAGGUAGGCGGACCGGCGGGAGCGAGGGGCGCACGUCCGCCCGGCGCUGGGAUCGCUCGGCUGGCGCGGAGAGCGGAGCAGGCGCGCGGCCCAGGCGGAGGAGCGCCGACUCUGGAGCAGCCGGAGCUGGAGGAGGAGGAGGAGGAGAGGCGGCGGGGAAGGAGGCGGCGGCGCAGAGUCGCUCCCGCCCGGCGAGCAUGGGGCGCCUGGCGCCCAGGCCGCUGCUGCUGGCGCUGCUGGCGCUGGCUCUCUGUCGAGGGCGCGUGGUGAGAGUCCCCGCUGGGAGCCUGGCGCGGGUGGUGGGCACCGAGCUGGUCAUCCCCUGCAACGUCAGCGACUAUGAUGGCCCGAGCGAGCAAAACUUUGACUGGAGCUUCUCGUCUUCGGGGAGCAGCUUUGUAGAACUCGCUAGCACCUGGGAGGUGGGCUUCCCGGCCCAGCUGUAUCAGGAGCGCCUGCAGAGGGGUGAGAUCCUGUUGAGGCGAACAGCCAACGAUGCCGUGGAACUCCACAUAAAGAACGUCCAGCCCUCAGACCAAGGCCACUACAAAUGCUCAACCCCCAGCACGGACGCCACUGUCCAGGGCAACUAUGAGGAUACAGUGCAGGUGAAAGUGCUGGCCGACGCCCUGCACGUGGCCGCCAGCCCGCCGCCCUCCCCGGGCCUGAGCCUGCGCCAGGGUGAGCCCUUCGAGCUGCGCUGCGUGGCUUCCACCGCGUCCGCGCUGCACACGCACCUGGCGCUGCUGUGGGAGCUGCGGCAUCGCUCCGCCCGGCAGACUGUUCUCGCCCUGACCCACGAGGGCCGGCUGCGCCCGGGGCCCGGCUACGAGCAGCGCUACCACAGCGGAGACGUGCGGCUGGACACGGUGGGGAACGACGGGUACCGCCUCUCCGUGUCCCGGGCGCUGGCCGAGGACCAGGGAACCUACAGGUGCGUCGUCAGCGAGUGGAUCGAAGAGCAGGGCAACUGGCAGGAAAUCCAAGAAAAAGCCGUGGAUGUGGCCGCCGUGCUGAUCCAGCCAACAGUUCUGCGAGCAGCUGUGGGCAGGAAUGCGUCUGUGGCUGAAGGAAAGGAGCUGGACCUGACCUGCAACAUCACGACAGACCGAGCGGAUGACGUCCGACCCGAGGUGACGUGGUACUUCAGCAGGACGCCCGACAGCACUGUGCCUGGCCCCCAUGUGCUGGCACGGCUGGACCGUGAUUCUCUGGUGCACAGCUCCCCUCACGUCACUUUGAGUCACGUGGAUCUGCGCUCCUACCGUUUACUGGUUCGAGAUGUCAGCAGGGAAAACUCUGGCUACUAUUUCUGCCAUGUGGCGCUCUGGGCACCGGGGCACAACAGGAGCUGGCACAAGGUGGCAGCGGCCGUGUCUGUUCCCGCCGGUGUGGAUGUGAUCUGGCUGGGACCAGGCUUCUGCGGUGGUCAGGGGCUUCAGAUUCGAGAGCCGCAGGAGGAAGAAGGAAGCAGAGCGAAUUCCGUGCUUGUGGUGAAGGCGAGGCAGCCAAAGCCUUUCUUUGCUGCAGGAAAUACAUUUGAGAUGACUUGCAAAGUGUCUUCCAAGAAUAUUAAGUCACCGCGGUACUCUGUUCUCAUCACGGCUGAGAAGCCUGUCGGGGACCUCUCCAGUCCCAACGAAACCAAGUACAUCAUCUCCCUGGACCAGGAUUCUGUGGUGAAGCUGGAGAACUGGACAGAUGCCUCACGGGUGGAUGGUGUUGUGUUAGAGAAAGUGCAGGAGGAUGAGUUCCGCUAUCGAAUGUACCAGACUCAGGUGUCGGAUGCAGGGCUGUACCGUUGCAUGGUGACAGCUUGGUCUCCUGUCAGGGGCAGCCUGUGGCGAGAAGCAGCAACCAGCCUCUCCAAUCCUAUUGAGAUAGACUUCCAAACCUCAGGUCCUGUAUUUAACGCCUCCGUGUAUUCGGACACGCCAUCCGUCAUCCGGGGAGAUCUGAUCAAAUUGUUUUGUAUCAUCACUGUCGAAGGAGCAACAUUGGACCCAGAUGACAUGGCCUUCGAUGUGUCCUGGUUUGCGGUGCACUCCUUCGGUCUAGACAAGGCCCCCGUCCUCCUGUCUUCCCUGGACCGGAAGGGGAUUGUGACCACGGCCCAAAGGGACUGGAAGAGCAACCUCAGCCUGGAGCGUGUGAGCGUGCUGGAGUUCUUGCUGCAAGUGCAUGGCUCUGAGGACCAGGACUUUGGCAAUUACUACUGCUCCGUGAUCCCCUGGGUGAAGUCAGCAACAGGUUCCUGGCAGAAGGAGGCAGAGAUCUACUCCAAGCCCAUGUUUAUAACUGUGAAGAUGGAUGUGCUAAAUGCCUUCAAGUACCCGCUGCUGAUCGGCGUCGGCCUGUCCACUGUCGUCGGGCUCCUGUCCUGCCUCAUCGGGUACUGCAGCUCCCACUGGUGUUGUAAGAAGGAGGUCCGGGAGACGAGGCGCGAGCGCCGCCGGCUCAUGUCCAUGGAGAUGGACUAGACCGGUGCCCGGGAUGGGCAGUGACAGGGGGACGUUCCAGGAGCGGUUUGGGCGAGAAGAGGACAGUGAUACGUUAAAGCGAAGUGUGUUCCACGAAAAAACCCCGUCCUCUCUAAUCUCAGGUGGGACUUGGCGCUCUCUUCUGCAUGUCAAGUUCUGAGCGCGGACAUGUUUACCAGCACACGGCUUUCCUUCCCACGGCACUUUUCUGAGAACCCAUCGAGCGUGUGUUUUCCCCACGGCGGCUUUUUUAAUGGUUAACCUCUGCCUAAUUUUUUUCUCCUUCUGGUUUAUAGAUGUCUGACUUGUGUGUGUUUGUAUCUUUUGUUUCGAGGGGUUGCGGUGAGGAAGGGGUGAUGGCUUUCGGAGUUCUUUGUCUUGGGCGAGACGGUAACUGCCUGCCGGCGAGCCGGCUCCGGGGCAGGAGGCAGGUGUGCAGGGCGCUGCUGGGUGCUCCCCUCUCCUCCGGCUCAGAGACGAGGACGCAGCCCUGUGCCGAAGGCUCACUUGUGGCUUUUACAACCCUGCCCCACCCCUAUUUUCAGGGGUUGAGACGACAUUUGAAAUCUAAACUUGCAGUAUGUAACUUCUUCUUGAGCCCAAAUGCGUAUUUUUAGUUCGUGCUUCUCUGCCCCCUUUCCAGUCCUUUGCUUUAUGUGCGAGUGCUGAAAUGGCGGCCCUGGAAUCUAGAAUUUGGCUCUCCACCGAGCACCUUAUCUUGCCACCUUAGCCUUAAGAAUGAAUAUGAAGAAAAAUACACAGCCACCUCUGUCCAGGGCAGUGAGAGGGUCUGCGAGGAAGAGGGGGUUGGGCACAAGGGAGGGAGCAGACACCCCGUUAGUGCUGAGGCCACUGUGCCCCGAGGGGACCCCGUGGAGCACAGAAGGCAGAUCGGGGAAGUAGGUUUCGGCAGUUCAUGCCGGGACGAUCAGUGGUGCCAGGGGCAUGUCAGGCGGAAGAAGCCGCCUCCGUUCCCCUCUCCUGCCCUUCGCAGGAGGCAAAGGCCUUGGCCACCACGGGGCUGCCAGGGGGACCCACAGGUACCCCACGUCCUUCACAGGCUGCCUGAUCCCCGUAACGUGAAGGGGAAUUGCAGCUUGCCAGACUGACUGACUUCACGGAAUCAGAAAUUGCCUAGAAGAUCCAGGCAUUUUCUCUGACCUUUUCAGUCCUUCGGAUCGUUGUAAGCUCCCCGUGCAGCGGGUUAGUGAGAAAGGGUAUACUUUUGUGGUACGUUUGCUUUCCUCUCAGGCACAGAAGGAAACCCGACCAUUUAUUACCCUGUGAGCAGCCUACAGAGUAGAUCAGAGAGCAGUCCGUUUUGCCCGAGUGCUCACACCAGGAGUGGGACAAAGGGAUCCUGAAGUGUCUCGCCCGGCACAGCGCUGGCCUUCUGGAAGCAUCCCGGUGGGGUUUUCUGAGGCUUGCUCGCGAGUGACUCAUGUCCCACGUUGCACCCCUCUGUGUUGCUGUCCCGGCCCUGACAGAUCUGAAGGGGGAAAAAAAAGAUGCGUUUGUUUUGAGCAAUAAAAUAAUACAAAACGAUGGCCAUUCAUGUGCGGCUCUUUGUCACAAUGGGCCAGACCAGCCGUACCCCUCCCGGCUCACCAUCUUCCUGCCCACGAUUCGUUCUGCACUUAUCGCUGAUUCACCCCCAGGAGGCAGAUUUCUGCUCGGUUUUUUCUUUUUUGUUUUGCCCACAGAGGCGACCACUCAUGUGACAGACAUGAUUCUGCGCUAAUGGUGGCAGCACAGACGCAUCCCAAGCCUGGUGUCUGUGGUGGGAAGAUGCGGGGUUGGGGGGAGGGCAGGUGUGUUCCUCAGAGUGUGAGUGACUAGAGGAAGAGGAGGAGGCCUCGAGCGCGCUAGACUUGGGUAUUUUCUAUUUGUCGUUUCCUAACUGUGCUGUUUCAGAGGCGGUGGUCCCAGGUGAUUGAUUGUACAAACUGGAAUUCGAGCACACCUGUCAACAGGUGCUAUGUUAGUAGCAGCCGGUGCCCUCGAGCCCUGGCAGUUAUCACACUCACUAAAGGAAGAUUUAGGAUUGUUGCAGUGUGGGUAGACCCUUCUUGGCAGGAGGAAAGGGCACUUAGCUUGGGGCGUGACCAGGUGGCCCCAGGUGUCUGUGAAACCAUGGAUGGGGCACACCAGAUGCUCGGUAGGAGUGAAGGUGACGUGUGCUCACACACUGUACCUUUUCCUUUCAAAUUGCUGUUGCUGUUCAGGACUGGGGUUGCUAAGGCAUUGACCCCAACCCCACCCCCUGGCCAUGGGGCUGGCCCAACUGCAAGCCCUCUGGGGCUAGUUCAAAGAGGGGAGAAUUUCCAGGGUUUUGUGCCAAGGCCCCCCAUUCCUCCCGGGGACGUCAGUUUGCCUGGAAUGCGUGUCCAUUUAGAAGUGUGAGAUGCACUCUGGUUGUACCAAAUGGAGGCCUCCCAGAGUGCGUUUUGGAAGAGCUUCCUGCCAGAAGCACCGGGCUGGACGGAAGAAGGAGCUAGCCAUGAUUCACACGGAUGAAAUUGCACUUCUUAACAAAAAGAAACUUUAUAAAAUGUUUGGGUUUUCUCCUAAUCCUAAAAGUCUCCCCAGAAAGAGCCUACGCUAUGUUCAGGUAGGAGCCUCAACAUUACUUUUAAAUUGUUUACUUUAUAAUGUUUACAUACACUUUCCACUUUAAAAAAAAAAGAAAAAGAAAAAAUGCAAACUCUGACUUUUUGACCACUCUUCAGAUUUUUCAUGGGACAGUGGAACUCUGACUCGCCAACUGGAUUUCCAUCUUAAUUUAGAAAUUUAUUUAUUGGUGUCUUUCCUCCCCUCCAGUCCACAUGGCGUUCCCUAAGGUCCUGGUGAAGGCCCCUCCUACCCAGACCCUUAUCUGUUAUCCCUGGUUGCUCUUGCUUCUUGCUUUGCAGGCUGUCUGCAGCCAUGAUUUUGUCACUGAUAUCUGUGAGCCAAAGACUGAGCCUUUUGGGCAGGAAUAAUAAUAAGCAAUACUACACAACUUGCUCCUUUCAGAAACACUUUUUUGUUAGCUUCACCGAUGACAGCAGAGGAAGAAGGGAACUGGGGUUUGGGUACGUUCUCCUCCACUGUUUGACCAAAUUCUCAGUGAUAAAUAUUGUGUGCAGAUCACUAGGAGAAAAAAGUUGACUUUUUUUUUUUUUUUAAGCGUGGCACAUAAGGAUCUGCCGACUUUUAUGUAGACAAAGAAAGGGUCUCGUGUAUUUUUGUCCAUAUCCAAUGUUAUAUGAACUAAUUGUAUUGUUUUAUACUGUGACCACAAAUAUUAUGCAAUGCACCAUUUGUUUUUUAUUUCAUUAAAGGAAGUUUAAUUUAAA